AUGAAGCAGUCACCUUCUCCCCGACAAGCUUAUGCGGGCGCACACGGCCCUUUUUUUCCCGAUGCCAGUAACUCCUCAUCUGAACGCGUCCGAGAUACUCCCUGCGUGGGGGGGUAUGCUCGCAGUACAGGGACGUGUGAUUCCCCCACGUACUUCUGUGACCAAAGGAAGGCCUCUUCUUCCCCAUGGCCUCCCUUUUUGGGGUCCGUGGCAGGUGUCUCCCGGCCCCUGCCACACACGCGUUUCUCCCCCGCAGCCCUUUUGCGGGCCAGUCGGAAGUUGCAGGAGGCACAUCUGGCGAAUCAGCGCGGCGGGGACUUGUGCAUGAGUAUUGGUCGCUUAUAUUUUCGCGUCAUUACUCAGACUCUUCUUCCGUCUUCGCUUCUUCACCACCCGUAUUCUCGACCUGAAGGCCCUUCGUUUUCUGUCGCUUCUUCCUCUGCAUGUUUUACCGGCGUCCCCCGUCAGAAUGCCAGCCACCGUAGUCAGACCUGUGCUGCGCCAUACACGGAAGGGACGGUCCACCAUCUGGAUGCGCAGGACAAAGAUCCCGCGGAUCUUGAGCGGUUUUACUUGCUUCCUGGGUCCUGUGAUUCUGGACGGCCCGAAGGUUCGCGACAGUUAUCCUACCCUCCACCUGCCUAUCCAGGUAUGUUUCUAGGCAACGGCUUCUCGAGAAGUCGCGAUGGCACCUUCAUGCAGAGAUGUCACUUUGGCGGUGCUGACGGACCCUACUCCUCCAACGGCUAUCAGGGCACCACGGGGGCCCUGGGACCAGCGGGGUUCGUGGGGUCAGAUGGGGGACCUGAGAGCCCCCUGGCCCCUCGCCAGUGGGUUACCGGCAGCAUCAGCGACUGGAACCUGCUCCACCCGGUGGCCCUUCUGCGUAUUGUGAAGAACGCGAGUGAGCGGAGACCGUUUCGCGCUGGUGUUGCAGGCCCCUGGCUGGGCGCAGGUGGUUCCCGACGACCUGACGCCGCCGGAAGGACCACGUCCUUGUGUGUAGAGUCUCUCCAACUCCCCGAAAAGAGUGCAGCAUCUUGCCCCUCGGGCUCAGGAACAGGAGUGACGGGCCAGUGGGGCGAGACGUCAUUCCUGCCUAGUGGGCCGCCCUCGGGUGCCUUUUCUCACUUUGGCGCCAGCGCAUCCAGCGGUGCAGCUCCUGGAGGCCUGACGAACGAGGGCAGAGCCAGGGCUCCUGGGGGGCCCCGUCCAUGUAUCCGUGUGUCGGAGACGGGGGGAAGAGGACCCGGGGAGUUGUCCUCGGGGGCCUCUUGUGAGGGCCGAGCAGGGUCGUGGAGCUUCCUUACUGGCGUGGAACGCGCAGGGCCGAUGGCAGACGCGAAGACAGCGAGGCGACUGGAUGGGGACAGCUCUAAUGGAGAAGGCUUUCUGUACGGAUUCAGCGUGUCUAUGGGCAUGUAUCGAGCGGAUGACGAUACAGGUCAUGACCCAGACAUCGUCUACGUCCCAGAUCCAGAACAAAUCGACGAGGCUCUACUCGGUUUGCCGACAUCGAAAAUGGGAGACGCAACCUCACGCCACACAGUGGCGUCUCCCUGUUUGCAAGCAGACUCCGUGGAAAGCCUCCAGGUGAAUUCUGCCGUCUAUGGGGCAGGGGGGAAAGACCGGAGUCACUGUGAUUCAGGGGUACAUACCGAGUGCGAGCGUCGCCCGCUCCGUGUGUGCAUGCAGAAUAAAAUGCCUCGCCAAGCAAAACAAUUUGGAAGGAGAGAGACAGAGCUUGGAUGGCCCGACGCUUCCAGUGAGCCCACCUCCUCUGCAUUGGUUGGAGCUUACCCGGAGCCGGAGGAAGAUUCCGAUAAGAAGGGAGACAGCCACGUGAUGGACGAGUCUCGAAGAGGUUCGAGCGUCGCGGUGUCUGGGUCUCUGACGCACGAAGUUGGAAGCAACGGCGAGUGGGAGCCGGUGAGGCAGCGACCGCUGGGACAGGAACCCAGAUGCACGGGGGGCAGGGCCUCGGGCCUGGAGGAAACAGCCUUUCCGUCAAGGAUUGGCAACGGAAAUCAGGUUCUUUCCGCUCCACUAGGCUGUCAGACAAACGACAGUGCUCCGCCUUCUCGUCCACAAAGCAGUACAAAAGAAACGUUCAGGUCACUUGACCAAUCUUCCGGGCCUCCACUCUUGGAGUUGCAUAUCACCGGCGAAGGCCAUCAUUCUUCCGCUGCUUCUAGCCUCGCCCCCGAAGCCUGUCGAGGCAGCAUGACCCCCACUGCGAGAGAGUGGCACGAUGAGACGAAAACGCCUCCAGAACUUCAAUCUGCAGCUCUCUCCGGUAGGGGUACACAGCCUGCCUCGCUGUACCCUCAACCGCAGGAGCCGUUCACUCGGAAUGGGCAAAUUAGUCACGCUCAGCUUGCGAGAAGCAGAGUGUCGCCCUCCUCUCCCGUCAGAGGGUUGACUGGAAAGGAGAGAGAGGCCCCUUCGAGCCCUUACUCUCUUCGUUCUCUCCCUGAUGCAAGCUCUUCCCCCUGCUGGCCAACUGACAGUCGGUCCGAUGCAUGUCUCGUGGAUGCUGAUCGGUCACACCACGUCUCGGCGCGUGCUAGCGGGGGAAACCAAGCGCUGGAUAUGCGCGAGUGUGGGCGCUGUCCUGGGAAGCCUUGCGAGGAGGAUUUCCGCGUCCUGCCCAGUCCCCUGUUCUCUUUUCCUCCUCUCCCGCUUUCUCGAAAAAUGCCGGUUUUCAUUCCCCCUGCGUUGGCUGCAGCAAUAUCCUGUCGCCGCCUAAGUUUCCCAACGACUGUGUGUCUCGGAGCGCGUCUCACGUAUCAAUCUCGACUGGGCCUCCCCAUGCCAGCCGCUCUUCCUCUGCUACCCGCAGAGAAUCCAGCACGAAGCACACGAGGUGUGACUAGCAACACCCCUAGAACGAGUAAACCUUUGGGCUACGGCCAACGACCUCUUGCGCCGAGGCACUUUGCUCCUGCCCCAGAUUUGCCUUGCAUGCUGUGGGCCUGGACGUUCCCUGCAGCUCACGCGGUGCCUUUACGGGCCACGGGGCUCCUGCCUCAGCUUCAGCAGCGUGCGGCGUACCUCAGGCAUCACCACACGAUCCAGGCUUCUCAGUGUUAUCCGGUAAAAUACGAGCCCGGAAUGUGUGCAGCGAAUCUCGGGAGGUCCUCUUCCCAUAACUGGGAGGAGCAACAGACAAGCAGUUGCCUAUUUGCUCAGCCGGUAAGCAGUGGUGAAGUUCCAGCGGCACUGGGAGGGGAAACAGUGCCAGAGGGCGUGGAAAAGCUGAGUGGCCAGAGGGGGGGAAGAACCAGAAGCGAAGCGGACGAAGGCUUUUCCAUGGAGCGAAGAAGGGACGAAGAACGGCGCAGACGUGGAGGACGUGCAACUCCAAACGAGGAACAGAAGGAGUAUGAUUGUGGCCGUGUUGGGAUGGAGAAGGAUGGUAACAAGGAUGGCGUAAAUACAACACAUGGCGGCUAUGAGAAUGCGCUAUCAGGGGAGAGAGGAGCAAAUCCAGCAGGGGGAAUGCCGUGGGAAGACGAGUGCUGUGGAGACUUGUGUAACUCCUCGAGAGGCGGCAGACGAUUCAUACACACAGAGGACGAAGGAAGCCACUUGGCGGAUACGGGCAACUCUUCGAGAAGACACAGUAGAGACAGCCAUUCGAGAGAUGGAGAAGGGACGGAAAUCAGCUUGUCGCAGCUGUCCCCCUGUCCACCUUCAUCGCCGAGGCCAUUCCAAGCCAGUGAAGUCUCAGGAAGUAGCGGACAGCAACACAACGGAAGCGAUAUCGAUGGAUGCUCCCCUUCAAAGAAUGUAGAAUCGGCAGCAGCUAGUUACAGUGCGUUUUCUUCCGUUUCUUCUCCCCCUGGUGGAACGGAUACCCCGUUAAGGUCGAAGAACAGGAAAGGAAAGAAGAAGAAACACCGACAGAAAAAGACCGAGCUGGUGUCUGACGAUAUGUCGACGCCUCCGAGGGGCAGCGAUCCGGAGCCAAUAAUCUUCCAGUCUGCCGUGCAUUCCGUGGGAAACAUAGACGCAGAAACAGAGGAUACCCGCGAUGUUGUGCGCAAACGUGCGUCGAGUGAGGAAAGACAAGGAAUUACUGCUGCAGAGCACCUGGACGAAUAUAGCGACUGCCCGGAAAGCACGGCAACGCAACCACCGUCACUGUUUUUGGGCGAGUCAAGCGUAUGUACACCACAGGAAUCGCGAAAAGGAAGAAGAGAACCUGCAAUACCAUUGGUUUCACCAGGAGACGACGCCAGAGAUGUGUUCCCAUCUUCUGCAAACGCUUGCUGCGGAAAGGAAGUUACGAUUACCUUCUCGGGCUCCGCCGCUGGAGAACGGGUGCGCACAGCAGACAGAAACUGUACAGCAGGCCUCAUAACCUCCGUCGGACCCGGUGCCUUUUCUGCUAGUGAAAAUGCACAGGGAACAGAUAAGGGAAAGCAAGAGGAAGCGAUGAGGGGGAGCGGUGGGCAUGGGCACGGCUGCGGAUCAAAAAACCUCUCUCAAAACAAUUCAUCCUCUGUCACUCCCAGUGAGUGUCCCGCACGGGAAGACGAAGGUCGACACGCCUACCGGUCCCCAAAUGCGCAUGUAUCGCAAAUGCAUCGCGACCCAGUGUGUCCCAGCCAUGAAAGAAUGAUGAGAGCUACAAGCCAUAAUAGGCAGCAUGAAGCAGUCUUUCCAGGAGAGCACAGUCCUCCCAAUAUACCGGUGCCUGACCUACCUGAGUUCAAUAGUGAUACCCUCGUCCAACAACGAUUCCUUGUUCACUACGCCUUCCUCUUCGACCCGGGGGCGCUGGACUCUGAUCAGCACUCGAUCGGUAGGUGA